GAAGUUAGAUGCGUCACUUUUGAUAGAUAAAAUAAUGAUCUAACCUCAAACAACAAAAUAAAUAAUAUUUUAGAAUCCUAAUUAUGGGUGUAACAGUUUUACAACAUUUUCCUAUCCCCGAAAAUCAAACGGGGCCCACUACAAUAGAAUGGAUAACCAAAAAAAUAACCGCACUGGGAGCAAUGCAACAAGGUCAAUUUUUAGUCGAUUGUGAAACAUACAUUUCAGUCCCUCAAUUAGGAGCUCAAAGAACUGUACACGUUCUACACAAUUCAGAACAACCAGCGACCGUUUUUUCUAUACUCGAAACAGGGGCGAAAACCAUACCUUUAAUAACAGAUGGAUUAUUUGAUUUAUUAAUAAUUAAAAUGGUAAAUUUUUACCAGAAACAAAUUAAAAUUGAAUCGAAAGGGCCUAGAUUUGAAAUUGGUGAUUUUUGUGUGAAGAUUGGUUGUGUUACGAUGAAUUCGGCGUUUAAAGGGAUUUUAGUUGAGGUUGAAUAUAGACCUUGUGAUAUUCCAUCGAUGUGUUGGAAUUUACUCAGAGAAUUUUUACAAGGAUUUUUAGGAAACGUUGUUUUAAAUAAUCCACCACCAUAUUUACAAAAUAGAUUACAAGAGGUGUAUACACCUAUUGAUACUAUUCAACAGUAUUUGGAACAUUUUACUUCUUAUCGGAAAAGUGUUGGGACAUUUCAAAAUGUAAAAUAGGUUAAGAUAAUAAAUAAGGUUUAAAUAAAAUAUUUUUUUUGUACUUUCACU